AUGGCUGACCAACCUGAUCAGUCCAUGCAGGUCAGCGAGUUUUCCAGCAUGACUGGCGCAUCGCCCGAUGUCGCUACUCAGUAUCUCGGAGCUAACGGUUGGGACAUGAUGGCUGCCACCAACUCGUACUUCCAGGACGACGACGAGAGGAAGCUCGAGCAGCAGCAGGCACAGCAGUCAGGAUCAGGGUCGGCAGCGUCAGCAGCAGCGAGUGAGCCGGCGUACACUGGACCCCGUACCCUCGACGGCCGCCCGGCUCCCGUGUCCUCAUCCAACAGCCGCACGCGCAAGCCGCCGGUCCAGCCGAGGAAGAGGGGUGUGGCCGGCAUAGCCACCCUCAGCUCGCUGGCUGGGAGUGCCUCUCACGCGCACGACGAUGACGAUGACGACGAUGACGACGAUGAUGACGACGACGAGGACGACAAUCGCGGCAACCUGUUCGCCGGGGGCGAGAAAUCCGGGCUCGCCGUCCAAGACCCCAAGCAGGAAGGGGGAUCCUCCAAGCGAAUUAUUGGCGACAUUCUGGCCAAGGCGAAGGCCAACUCUGCCCGCCCAGAAGCUGCAACCCCAGAGGCCGUGGCCGCGGAGCCCUCCCGCUUCCGCGGCACCGGCAUGACCCUAGGUGGUGAGGGUACCGAGAGCCGCAGCAUACCCGACCCUCUGGGAGCGGCGCGAGCCGCCAACGUCCAACCGCAGGAACGCAUACUGCACAUCUGGCAGGAGGGAUUUAGCAUUGACGAUGGUGACCUCCGACGCUUCGACGACCCGGCCAAUAUGGCUGACCUCCAGCUCAUCCGCCAGGGCCGCGCCCCCCUUCACCUCAUGAACGUGACCCAGGACGCUCCCGUCGACGUCAAGCUCCAGCAGCACGACACGCCCUUCCAACCCCAGCCUAAGAAGUACAGGCCCUUUAGCGGUUCCGGACAUCGUCUCGGCAGCCCCGUCCCCGGCGCCUCGGGCUCUGGCUCCGGCACGACCACUGCAGCAGUAGCAGCCCCCGCCGCUGCCGCCGCGUCAUCCUCAUCGUCAAACGCUCCUGCCGUCGACGACUCCCAACCUACCGUCUUGAUCCGGAUUCAGCUCCCCGACGGCACGAGGCUGCCCGCCCGCUUCAACACCACCCACACCGUCGGCGACAUCUAUAGCUUCGUCCAGAGCGCCUCGGCCGAUACACGUUCCCGUCCAUGGGUCCUGAUCACCACGUUCCCCAACAAGAACCACACCGAUAAGUCUCUCGUCCUAGGUGACAUGGCUGAGUUCAAGAAGGGAGGUACGGCAAUGGUCAAGUGGACUUAG